CUGUUGGCCACGAGCUCCCCAUGGCUCCGGCCGCCAAAGACUACCGCCUCCCUCCACUGCCCGAGUUUGUCUCGUCCUGGAAUCCAGUUGAUCUCGGCGACCGGUCGAAUAUUCGAUACGAACAUGCCCCGAAUGAUGACGAGGCGGACGAUCACCCCGUCCGGCCUGUAGGGCUGGGGAUCAGCCAGCCCGCCGGCCAUUCGCGGUCGACGAGCUACGAUACAACACAGACAACAGCAACAACACCUGAUCCUGCUUCGUCACGGUUCGUAAACUCCGAGACAAGCCUCUUGGGCGAGCGCGAGCGGUCGCAUUCGCGAGUGCAAUCGCAAUCGCAAUCACAUCUGGUCAAGUGUCCGACUAAGAAGACGAUCGUCCACCGUCGUUUGUCCUGGGUGCCCGCUACGAUCCUCGUGCUCGCCUUCUACUCGACCAUCUUUUCGGGCAUCUAUCUCGUCGUUGCAUUUAUCAAACCUCGGUAUGGCCGCUUCAUUGGUGUUGAUGGGAAACUGGCCGCGUCAACGGCCACUUUGCUAAGCACUCUGUUCGCGAAGACCAUCGAGCUGGCCUACGUGACAGUAUGUGUCGCGUUCCUGGGGCAGGUACUCACGCGACGGGCCAUCACCAAGGGGUCGCGAGGAAUCUCGAUCUCUGAUAUGAGCAUGCGCACUUGGAUCAUGCAGCCGGGGAGUCUGAUCGUUCAUUGGGAGUCUCUGCGCUACUCAGGAUGGACGAUCCUGGGUGCAAUCACGCUGACGGCAACAGUGGUGGCGAUGCUGUACACCACCGCUGCUGAGGCUCUGGUGACCCCGAAGCUGAAAUGGGGCGCAGUCGAGGAGCGCGUCAUCGUCGGCAACGUCUGGACCUCCUUCGCCAACGCUGACUACCUCGCAGAUAACUGCGAGACCCCCGUUGCAAUCCAAGACGAUCUCGAGUUCAGGAACACAACCUGUCUGAACAUGCAGCACGCCGGCCAAGCCUACAAUAACUACCAGUCAUUCAUUAAAGAAUGGGCGUCCAUUGCGGAGGGCAUUCAACCCAGCCCUACCGACGCCGCGUCCCGACCCCGUCCUACCGGGUCUGUCUACGAUAAUACUACAGUCGAGGGCAGCUGGGUCGAUAGAGUGAGCAUAGCGGAUCUGGCAGAGAAAUACGGCCGCAUCGUGCACAACGUUACCGCAGCGAUGCCCCACGGCGGCAUUAUUGGCGCGGCAAACCACCCCGACAACAAGAUUAUCCAGCCAAAGGAUCAAUCAGGAGAGGGUAUGUACGAGCUGGAAGCGUCCGUCCCCUCGCCGGCAGUCAAUGUCCUUUGCGCGGGCAUGAACGCCACUGAGCUCGCACCGAUCGUGUAUAAUGAGUGGCCCAACCACGGCAACUUCAACGCAGUCAGCUGGACGACAAAUGUGCCCGACGACGUCCCCAACAUUGAGCACUGGCACAACCGUACCGUCGUCGACGAUAUCUUCGAGUUUGGGCCAGACUAUCCCGACCAGUACGCGCCUGUCUUCGGCAAGCUGCCCGAAGAGUUUAAUACCAUUGUCAAUGUCACCUCGCCGUACAGUAACGGGGCCAUCUUCCUGCUGGGCGCCAGCCCUAAUGGCACGAAACCAGAGUACUUCCUUUGCAGGCUGAAAGCAAAGCAGUCCACCCGCUGCUCAACCCGCUACAAAGCCACAGCGACCGGGUCACACCUUUACACCGUUUGUAACGAGAACCAGCCGCUGCAAUACGACCUCCGCGUUCCUGAUGCCGUCGAGUCAUGGGCAAACGACUGGAUGUAUAUAGCAUCCGAAUGGUCGUUCACGCUCUCCUUGAACGCCGGCAUUACAGAUGGCGCGGCCGCAAACGCCCGAUUGCUUAUGCAGUUCGCCCCUACAGCGCGCACCUUGAAUCCCAAGCUGCCAACCUUGAGUGAGGCCUUGGCAGUAUUAGCAGGGAACACGCUGCUGAUGGCCUCGGCCAAUGCCCCCUUCGUCCCAUUCUGGAACUACACAAAUACCUACCCAGAAACCAACAUCCUCAAGACCCCUGAAAAACAAUACAUCAAUGCGACACUGCGCGCAAUCGAGUAUGCUUCCGGCGGCACUCAGAAAUGGCAGGGCAUCUUUUACCCAAUCCUGCUCUUUGCAUUCUUCACCAGCGCUCUAUGUCUUGCAUUUAUGCUUCUGGAGAUCCGAGGCAAGCAGAUCACGGAUUUCACAGAGCCACAGAAUCUAUUUGCCCUUGCAAUGAAUAGUCCGUCGACUACGAAGCUGCAGGGCGCUUGUGGAUCCGGCCCGGCUGGGAAGCAGCUCGGGGAACGAUGGCGGAGGAGGGCACGCCCAUGA